UCAAGACGGUACACAAGAAGGGACAUUUCGCAUUUGGUUGCACACACGUGAAACACGAAAACAUACAAACGACUAACAUUUUGGUCAAUAAACGUUUUAUUUUUAAUACUUAAGAAAUGAGCGUUCCAGGAGAUGAACGCGCGACAGAGCCGGAUGACGAUCAUUAUUUCCUCGAUCAAGUGCUGAACAAGUUGUAUGAUUUUGGUGAUGGUGCUGGAAAAAGGAAAUCAAAGAAAUCCCAGAAGAGGAAAAGCAGCUCUGCUACAGAAGAGCAUCAUGAGAACGAUACACAGGCAAACACAGAGACCAGCCAUAACACUUACUUAGACCUGCACGUGACAAACGUCUCAAACUCCACCGUAUGUGAAAACACAGCAUCUGAAACUCAGCAAUCCACCGUGGAGGUUGUUACGUUCGUUGAUCCCAGGAAGAAGCACAAAGUAUCGAAGACUGUUGAACCAGCGCAGAAGGUGCCUGAAGUCAAAGAAAAUGAGAAAACAGACUUGGAUAAUAAACUUGCAAUAGAAAAGGCGCGACUUGAAGUUCACCAGUUUGGACUCUCGGGGUAUAAGAAAGGGCAGCAGAGGGUUUUCGAGCAGGACAGAGCCAUCAUGCUGGGAGCCAGACCCCCCAAAAAGCAGCAUGUUAACUACAAAGUGUAUCAACAAAUGAUAAAAGAAAAGCAGUUGAAGGAAAAAGAGGAAGCAAAGUCUGAGUUUCAGAGGCAAAAGGGGAAAGGAGGAAAAAGAGGUCCUGAGAGAAGUAAAUCGUCCUCUGGAGGGCAGCUUGGAGGGCAGGUUGGACGCUUUAAAAAUGGAAUGCUGGUCUUGAGCUCCAAAGACAUUAAGAAAGUCAAUUUUAAAAGGAAAAAGUAACACUGGAUGA